AUGGGCGCCUCGGCCUCCAGCCAGCUGGACGAGGGCAAGUGCGCCUACAUCCGAGGGAAAACUGAGGCUGCUAUCAAAAACUUCAGUCCCUUCUACAGUCGCCAGUACUCUGUGGCUUUCUGCAAUCAUGUGCGCAGUGAAGUAGAACAACAAAGAGAUCUAACAUCACAAAUUUUGAAGACCAAGCCACCAUUGGAUCCUGGAACCGUUUUGUAUGAAGCAGAGCUAUCCCAGUUUGCCGAAGAUAUAAAGAAAUGGAAGGAGAGAUAUGUGGUGGUUAAAAAUGAUUUUGCUGUGGAGAGCUAUGAGAACAAAGAGGCCUACCAGAGAGGAGCCGCUCCGAAAAGCCGAGUCCUUCCAGCGGGUGGCAAAGUGUUAACCUCCGAAGAGGAAUACAAUCUAUUAUCUGACAGGCAUUUCCCAGACCCGCUGGCAUCCAGUGAGAAGGAGAACACCCCGCCCUUUGUGGUCCCGCCGAAGGAAUUCCCUGUGUACCUGUGGCAGCCGUUCCUCCGGCAUGGCUACUUCUGCUUCCAGGAGGCCGCUGAGCAGAAGAAGUUCCACGCUCUCCUGAGUGACUGCAUCCGACAUCUGAACCAGGAUUACAUGAAGCAGACAACGUUCGAAGCCCAAGCCUUUUUAGAAGCCGUGCAGUUCUUCCGACAGGAGAAAGGUCACUAUGGCUCCUGGGAAAUGAUGACUGGGGAUGAAAUCCAGAUCCUGAGCCACAUGGUGAUGGAGGAGCUGCUGCCAACCCUUCAGGCAGACCUUCUGCCUAAAAUGAAGGGGAAGAAGAACGACAGGAAGCGGGCCUGGCUCGGGCUCCUCGAGGAGGCCUACAGCCUGGUUCAGCAGCAAGUUUCAGAGGGAUUAAGUGCCUUGAAGGAGGAAUGCAGAGCUCUGACCAAGGGCCUGGAAGGAACCAUCCGCUCAGACAUGGAUCAGAUUGUCAACUCAAAGAACUUCUUAACUGGGAAGAUCAAAGCGAUGGUGGCCCAGCCCGCAGAGAAAAGCUGUGCAGAGAGCGUGCAGCCAUUCCUGACGUCCAUUCUGGAGGAGCUCAUGGGACCGGUGAGCUCAGGAUUCAGUGAAGUGCGCUCACUCUUUGAAAAAGAAGUGGAUGAACUUAGCCAGAACUUUCAGACCAGCAAAGACAAUGCCCAGCUGAAGGAGCAUCUGGACCGGCUUCUGAAUCUCCCACUGGAUUCUGUGAAGAUGGAACCUUGUUAUAUCAAAGUCAACCUGCUCCAGGAGCGCUUGCAGGAUCUCAAGAGCCGCUUCAGAUUCCCCCACGUGGACCUGGUGGUGCAGCGGACACAGAACUACAUGCAGGAGCUCAUGGAGAAUGCAGUAUUCACUUUUGAGCAAUUGCUUUCCCCACAUCUCCAAGGAGAGGCCUCUAAAACGGCCAUCGCCAUUGAGAAGGUGAAGCUCCGCGUCUUAAAGCAAUAUGAUUAUGACAGCAGCACCAUCCGGAAGAGGAUAUUUCAAGAGGCACUCGUUCAAAUCACACUUCCCACCGUGCAGAAGGCCCUGGCGUCCACCUGCAAACCAGAACUUCAGAAAUACGAGCAGUUCAUCUUCGCUGAUCACACCAACAUGAUCCAUGUUGAGAACGUGUAUGAGGAGAUUUUACAUCAGAUGCUCCUUGAUGAAACCCUGAAAGUGAUAAAGGAAGCCGCUGUCCUGAAGAAACACAACCUAUUUGAAGACAACGUGGCCUUGCCCAGUGAGAGCGUGUCCAGCUUGACCGACCUAAAGACCCCCGUGGGGUCAAACCAGGCCAGCCCCGCCCGGAGAGCCUCGGCCAUCCUGCUCGGAGCUGCCGAUGGUGAGGCCCCGAGCAAUGACGUGUUCCCGGAACCGGAGGAAAAGCAGCAGCCUGAGGUCCCUAGCCCGGCGGCCCGAGGAGGAAGCCUUUCCUUCCCAGGUGGGGAUGCGCAGGGGGUUGGUUCAGGCACGGGCGACCCUGUCGUGAACCCCGUGGCUGCAGAGGACACAGCAGGAGCCCGGGGCACCUCAUCAUCGGAGCAGGAGUUUGCAGGGACUCCUGCGGACAGAGAAGCCGCCACCCACCAAGAGCCACCGUCCAUCUCCGCCUCAUGCUCCUUGAAGGAGCUCAGAAAUUUGUUGACGGUGACCGUCGAAGUACCCAUGGUGUCUGCCACCCUCGAGACGGAAAAAGAUACACAUCAGGAGACCCUUGUUCCCCAAGAAAUUGAAAAAGAGGAGGAAACGACCCAAAUCCACAUGGAGGCCACUCAAGCAGCUGCCUCCAGUCAGGACGACAAGGAAGACGGUGGAGUCAGGGAGAGGGAGGCCCAUUCUCCAGCUGCCGAGGCCGAGGCAGGGGCAGGGGCUGGUGGGGUGGAGUCGGGGGGAUGUGCAGAGGCUCAGCCAGCCUGCGGAGGGCUCAGCCAGAGCCCCAGUGGCCCAGGCCCCACAGAGGAGCAGGCAGAGGCUGGGGAGGCCACUGGGAGGGACACCCAUGAAGGAGGUGAGGCCAUGCCACAGGGAGGCUGCAUUUUAAAUUCUGACCCCCUGGGCCCCAGUGAGAGCCAGGUCUCCGUGGAAGAAGCGGUGGGAGGGAAAAGUGACCCAGCCCAGGCUGCUGCCGGCGUGGGUGCAGAGGAGAUUAAGGGUCCCCGUGUUUACGAGUGUCAGUGGGUGGUGGAGAAUGCUCCAAACACCGACAGCCUAGGUCCACAGAAAGAGGACGCGGGGGAGAGUCCCCCAGAGCAGCCGUCGGAGGAGUGAAAGGGACAAUUUGGCAAAAGUAUCCCUAUGAACAAACCCAGCCGAUGGGUUAAGUAUGGGUACACUUAGGGGGUGCAUGGGACUGUUAAAAAAAAAAAAAGUAUUACGUACUUCCGUAAUUUGUAGAAUGAAAUCAGAGGGGAUGCACACAGGGCGUGAUCACUGAGGCAAACCCUCUGGAACUGAGCUGUUCCGCCAUGAAAUUACUGCUUUAGCGUUUUCAUAGGAAUCACAAAGGUAAUGGGGUGUGUGGGGUGAGAGGCAGCUGAGGGUGUCCCGGGGAGGGAGUGGGGGUCGCACUGAGGACAGAGAAAAGAGUAGGAGCAUGGUUUUCAACACACUCUGCAGUUUCUUCUAAUGCACUUUAAGGCUUUUCCAUUCUUCGUAAGAAUGCAAAUGGAUGCUGUAAACCCCACUUCACCGUCUACUACACGGACCUCACUGUCUCUUACGGACUCGGCCUUUGCCCCCGGGUCAGGCUGCAGGGAGGGUAGGUGGUGGACACAGCCACCACUGCUGUGGGCAGCCCCACGGGGCCUGAGAGCUCGGGGAAGCUGAGCAGAAACAGAGGAAGGCUGCCGUCUGUGCAACUGUCUGGGCCCGUUACUAAAUCUGCUCUCAGCGUCUCGUGAAUUGGUUUGUUAAUUCUUAUUCAUUAAUCACCUUUUGGGGAAAUUCAGAUGAAAAUUUCCCUGGCAUGUUUAAGCAUUCCAAAUUAGCCUUAAAUUGUGCAGAGAAAGAGCUUAGGUAAAUUAUUGGGCAUAAAGUCUACCAAUUAAACACAUGUUAUAGAAACAGAUACUCUAUGCCACAUGCUGUGUUAGGCAUCAUAUCAAAAAAAUAAAAAAUAAAAAGAGAGAGAGAGAGAGG